GUGUGCAACAAAACUCACUUGGUCAUGAGAAUGGCGAGGAGUGUAGCAGCAGUGGGCCUGCUGUUACUUUGCUCUUGCCCCAUAUGGGCCCACAUACGCAUUGAUGCUCCCGAGGAACACAAUGCGCCCAAGUUCAAGCCUGGAUUUUUGCGUUCAGCAGUGGAAAGUGUACCCGAAGAGGAGGCUGCUGAGGGUUUGAGUCGCUUUAGUUUGGCCCCCAGUUUUGGAGAUGUCUUUUUGCCCCUGCGCAGUGCUGUCGAGAGUGUUCCCACCAUUAAUGCCCGCUCGGUGGCGGAUCUUAGGGAAUCAGCCACGCCUUCAAGGCAUUUCCUAAGAGACGCUGUGGAAUCCUUCCCCGAUGAGGAAGAUGACUAUGUGGAGGAGGAAGAAUACUCGGCAAGCAUUAGGCAAUCCUCUGCCCAAGAUGCAAUGCCGGAGAAGUUGGUUUUGGAUGGACCAGAGCCAGAGCCUGAAUUCGAACCCGACAUGGAUGUGGAAACAUUUCAGCAACCAGAUGCUUGGUCUGUUUCCGAUAAAUAUGCCGCCUACAUAGUGCCCAAUCCCUACAAUGAUGAUGUAGAGAGUCUGCCUCAGCCCUAUCGUUCCGAUUCACCUUACCAGCAAUUGGUUGAGGCUUCCGAUAUAGCCGAACCCGAAAAAGUGAAAGAUGUGGCCAAGGUACGUCAGCAACUUUUAGCCUAUGGGGCAUUAUCUUCCUCCGUUCGCUCUCAAGAUGUGGAUGUAAUCGAUUAUGACGACAGUGAUUAUGAUGAUCGCCCCUAUGGAGCCUUGGCCCAAAUAAAACAAUCAAAGCCGCAACGAGAUUCCGGCAGCUCUCCUGAGGUCUUGUGCUAUGUCACCAAUUGGGCCUUCUACCGCAAAGCCGAUGGCCAAUUUGUGCCCGAAUUUCUGAAGAACAAAAACCUCUGCACAAAAUUGAUCUACUCCUUUGCCUCCUUGGAUCCGGAUCAUUUGAACAUAAAGGAAUUUGACCCCUGGGUGGAUAUAGACAAUCAAAUGUAUAGUCGUGUAGUGGCCACUGGCAUUCCCGUCCUUAUAGCCAUGGGAGGUUGGACAGACUCGGCGGGUGACAAGUACUCGCGUCUGGCCUCGGAUGACAUUAAACGCAGAGUAUUUGCCUCGAAUCUGGUGGGUUUCUUGAAGCGUCAUGGCUUUUCGGGUCUGCAUUUGGAUUGGAAUUAUCCCAAAUGUUGGCAGAGCGACUGUUCCAAGGGACCAGCUUCCGAUAAGCCCAACUUAACCAAAUUGCUGCGUGAAAUCCGCUCCGAGUUUGACCGUGUGGACAAAAAGCUACGCUUGGGCAUUGCCAUUUCGGGUUACAAGGAAAUUAUUACCGAGGCCUAUGAGUUCCCAGAGUUGUCGAAAAUUGUGGAUUACCUGACAGUGAUGUCGUACGACUACCAUGGCGCCUGGGAGAAGCAAACAGGGCAUGUGAGUCCCCUCUAUGGCCGCCAGGGGGACAAAUAUCCGCAAUACAACACCGACUAUGCCAUGCAGCUUCUAUUGAAAUUGGGCGCCAAGAAGGAGCGCAUCAUUAUGGGCAUACCUUUCUAUGGUCAAAGUUUCACCCUGGAGCGUGACAGUUCGCAGCUGCAAGGAGAGGGAGUGCCUGCCAGCGGUUCGGGAGAACCUGGAGAAUUUACCAAACAGCCCGGCAUGUUGGCCUACUAUGAGGUGUGUCAGCGCAUACGCAAGCAGAAAUGGUUGACGGGACGUGAUGUGGAGCGCAAAUCGGGACCAUAUGCGAUGUUACGCAAUCAAUGGGUGGGCUAUGAGGAUCCAGCCUCGGUGGAGGUGAAGGCUCGUUAUGCUGUGAGCUCAGGUUUUGGGGGAGUGGCUGCUUGGACUGUGGAUUUGGAUGAUUUCCAGAACCGUUGCUGCUCUGAAGCCUUCCCUCUCUUGAUGUCCAUCAAUAGGGCUUUGGGUCGCAUUAAAACAGCACCACCCACACGUUCGGAUUGUUCAAGGCCAGCGGUGCCAGUGACUCCAAUGCCUCCUGUUAUGACCACCAUAAGUAGUGAUGGUUCGAUCUCGGGAGGAGGCGGCAUGCAUGAACACACUACGACGGCAAGACCGGCAUGGCAAGCUCCUACAACCACUACCACCACCACACAAAGAACUUCCACAGUAUGGUGGGUACCUCCAUCCACGACGACAACAACAACAACUACCACCACCACCACACGUAGACCUACUACCACCACCACCACCACUACAACUACACGUACUCCCAUUACCCAAAGACCCACACAAAUCACCCAAAAGCCAACCACAAUCCCUGCUCCUGCUGUGGUGCGACCCGUUGUGGUGCAAGCCAGUAACUGCAGGCCGGGAGAAUUUUAUCCUGACCCCUCCAAUUGCAACAGCUACUAUCAAUGCGUAGUGGAGGGUGAGCUCAGACAGCAACAUUGUCCUGGAGGCCUUCAUUGGAAUACCAAAACAAACAACUGUGAUUGGCCUUCUGCGACCACGUGUACACCCACCAAGAACAAACCCUCGGCAGCGGUUACCAAACCCACAAGACCACCUGUCUGGGGUAGCACAACAUCGAUACCGAAACGCACCACCUCUACCAUAUCCUCAUGGACAACAAGAGUGCCCUCGAAGCCCAUAGCCACCACACGCAAGCCCAGCUCCUCGCAUCGUCCUUCCACCAGUUCCAAAUGCAAUGAGGGAGAGUAUUAUACCCAUCGCAAUUGCGGCCAAUAUUAUAUCUGCAUCAAUGGUGUUCUAGUGCCGAACUCCUGUGGUGGCAAUCUACAUUGGGAUGGCAUACGCAAGAUCUGCGAUUGGCCAGAAAAUGUGAAAUGCGUUACCACCAAGCGUUAUUUGCGAAUUAUCCAAUCCAAAUCCAGCCUCGAAGAUCCUUGCAAUGGUGAGGAGCGUGUGCCCUACCCAGGAGAAUGUUCCAAAUAUUUGUUCUGUCUAUGGAAUCGUUUGCAAGCGGCCGAUUGUGGGCCGGGUUUGCAUUUCAAUGCUGCCGCCGGUAUGUGUGAUUGGCCAGCAUCGGCCAUGUGUUCCAAUGAUGAAAAUGGUCCCAGUGAAGGCAACAACGAGAUAAAGCCCGCCAAGCCGAAGCCGGCGCCCACAACAGCGAGACCCACCACCACCACUUCACCACGUCCCACUUAUCCCACGGACAAGCCAACUUUGCAGCCUUUGGAUGGCUAUUACAAGGUGGUCUGCUACUUCACCAACUGGGCUUGGUAUCGCAAGGGUGCUGGACGCUAUACCCCCGAUGACAUUAACACUGAUCUUUGCACCCACAUUGUCUAUGGCUUUGCUGUGCUGGACUAUUCUGAAUUGGUAUUGCGCACCCAUGAUUCUUGGGCUGAUAUUGACAAUAAGUUCUAUACCCGUGUCAGUGGUCUUAAGAGCAAGGGAGUCAAGGUCAGCUUGGCUUUGGGUGGCUGGAAUGAUUCACAGGGCGACAAAUACAGUCGCUUGGUUCGCAACCCUGCUGCCAGGGCCAAAUUUGUUAAACACGCCUUAGAGUUUAUGGAGAAGUAUGGUUUUGAGGGUUUGGAUUUGGAUUGGGAAUACCCGGUGUGUUGGCAAACCGAAUGCAAUAAGGGAGUGCCCGAUGAGAAGGAAGGCUUUACCGCCUGGGUAAGAGAGCUUUCGGAGGCUUUCAAACCUAGAGGUUUACUGCUCUCCACCGCUGUUUCACCCAGCAAGAAAAUCAUUGAUGCUGGCUAUGAUGUGCCUCAGUUGGCCAAAUAUUUCGAUUGGAUCGCUGUCAUGACCUAUGAUUUCCAUGGUCAAUGGGAUAAGAAGACAGGACAUGUGGCUCCCUUAUACCAUCAUCCCGAUGAUGAAAUUGAUUAUUUCCAUGCGAAUUACUCCCUGAAUUAUUGGAUUGAGAAGGGUGCCCCUUCACGUAAAAUUAUCAUGGGUAUGCCUUUGUAUGGCCAGUCAUUUACUUUGGAAAAUACUCGCAAUAAUGGUUUGAAUGCUAAAGCUCCGGGACCUGGUAAAGCGGGAGAAUUUACCAGAGCUGCUGGCUUCUUGGCCUAUUAUGAGAUUUGUGAUCGUGUUAAACAUCAAGGCUGGCAAGUUGUCCAUGAUGAACAGGGACGCAUGGGUCCAUAUGCCUUUAAGGAUAAUCAAUGGGUUUCGUUUGAUGAUCCUGCUAUGAUACGCAAAAAGUCUCAAUUGGUUAGAGCCAUGGACUUGGGAGGUGGUAUGGUAUGGGCUUUGGAUUUGGAUGAUUUCCGCAAUCGCUGUGGUCAGGGUGUUCAUCCGUUGUUGACACAAAUUCAUGAUGUAUUAAAGGACCCACCCACUGGAUAUGAACCUACACCUGGCUUAACUCCCGUUAAUGAACCGGAAUCCUUUGAGGAGGUGCUCAACUCCCAGGAAAUUACCUAUCCCAGUGAAAUCGAAACUGGUCCUGGUGGCCUUCAGGACACGGAAAAUGUCAUUGAUCCCAAUGAAGAGGUUGAAGAUAAUGAGGUGGAGUUGAUUAACCCCAAUCUUAGCUCGGCUGAGGUCACCUCCACCACAGAUGGUGACUACAAGGUGGUUUGUUAUUUCACCAAUUGGGCCUGGUAUCGUCAAGGUGGUGGUAAAUUCCUGCCCGAAGACAUUGAUCCCGAACUUUGCACCCACAUAGUUUAUGGUUUUGCUGUCUUGAAUCGUGAUAAACUUACCAUACAGCCUCAUGACUCUUGGGCUGAUUUGGAUAACAGGUUCUAUGAACGUGUUGCGGCCUAUCGUUCCAAAGGCAUUAAGGUCACCGUGGCCAUAGGUGGUUGGAAUGACUCGGCUGGAGAUAAAUAUGCCCGUUUGGUUAGAUCAGCUGAGGCUCGAGCUCGUUUCAUACGCCAUGUCAUGGAAUUCAUAGAGAAAUAUGGUUUCGAUGGCCUGGAUUUGGAUUGGGAGUAUCCUGUAUGCUGGCAGGUGGAUUGCAAGAAAGGCACUGCCGACGAAAAGGAUGGAUUUACGGACUUGGUACGAGAGCUUGCCAUAGCCUUUAGGCCUAAGGGUCUGCUGUUGUCCUCUGCGGUAUCACCAAAUCGCAAGGUUAUCGAUGCCGGCUAUGAUGUACCCCAAUUGACUAAAUAUUUCGAUUGGAUUGCUGUAAUGGCCUAUGAUUACCAUGGCCAAUGGGACAAGAAGACCGGUCAUGUGGCUCCCAUGUAUGAGCAUCCCGCCGGUACUGAAGGUUUUAAUGCCAACUUCUCUAUAAACUAUUGGCUGGAAAGUGGAGCUGAUCGCAAGAAAUUGAUUAUGGGUAUGCCCAUGUAUGGUCAAUCAUUUUCCUUGGCUCAGGCAAGCAAUCAUGAACUGAAUGCCGCCACUUAUGGCGGUGGAGAGGCGGGAGAAGCUACCAGAGCUCGCGGCUUUUUGGCCUAUUAUGAGAUUUGCAGUUAUAUACGCAAACGGGGCUGGAAUGUAGUAAGAGAUCCCCGAGGUCGCAUGGGUCCUUAUGCCUACAUGCGAGAUCAGUGGGUGUCAUUUGAUGAUGCUCCCAUGAUACGCCACAAGUCGGAAUAUGUCAAAGCCAUGGGCUUGGGUGGAGCCAUGAUAUGGGCCUUGGAUUUGGAUGACUUUAAGAAUGAUUGCGAUUGUGAGUCGUAUCCCUUGCUGAAGACCAUAAAUAGGGUGUUGAGAAACUAUCCGGGACCGCAUCCCAAAUGUAUUCUAGAGACCAAGGAUAAAACUAUGAUUGCUGAUAUUGGUUUGGGUUCUUCGACAGCCUAUAAGCCCAAGCCCACUGUUAACACUGUACAGAGUCAACAAGUUAUACAGGCAAAGCCUACUCGAACCACUGAGUCACCCAUGAAAAUGGAAUGUUUAGGACGAAAUUAUGCCCCACAUGAAAGAGACUGCAACAAAUACUAUAUCUGUCAAUAUGGAGAAUUCAUAGAACAGAAAUGUCCUUCUGGUCUACAUUGGAAUCAAAACUAUUGUGAUUGGCCUGUGGCCACAAAAUGUUUGGUGCGCGAUGAUCAGACUACACCAAAACCUGUGAUUCAUAGACCAAAACCCACCACGCCUCCAACAACCACCACCCCAACACCGCCAAAAGUAACCAAAAAACCGAUUUAUACCCCCAGUAAAAAGCCCGUUUAUCAUCCCAAACCUACUUACUCCCCUCCGUUGGGCAGCAAUGAGGACUACAAGGUGGUUUGUUACUUCACCAACUGGGCUUGGUAUCGUCCCGGACAAGGCAAAUAUGUGCCCGAAGACAUUGAUGAGAAUCUUUGCACCCACAUUGUUUAUGGCUUUGCGGUUCUCAAUAGUAACUCCUUGACCAUUAAGACGCAUGAUUCCUGGGCUGAUAUAGACAAUAGAUUUUAUGAAAGAGUGGUAGCCUAUAAGAAGAAGGGCAUACGUGUAACUGUUGCCAUAGGUGGCUGGAAUGAUUCUUUGGGCAGCAAAUAUGCUCGAAUGGUUUUGGAUCCCCAAGCUCGUCGUAAAUUUAUCGAAAGUGUUAUGGCCUUCUGUGAGAAAUAUGGUUUUGAAGGUCUAGAUUUGGAUUGGGAAUAUCCUGUGUGUUGGCAAGUGGACUGCUCCAAGGGCUCGGCAAAUGAGAAGGAAGCGUUUGCUUCUCUAGUAAGAGAGUUAUCGGAGGCCUUCAAACCCAAAGGCCUGCUGUUGUCGGCUGCAGUUUCACCCAGCAAAAUGGUGAUAGAUGCUGGCUAUGAUGUACCCAAAUUGGCUCGUUAUUUUGAUUGGAUUGCUGUAAUGACUUAUGACUUCCAUGGUCAUUGGGAUAAACAGACUGGUCAUGUGGCUCCCUUAUACUAUGUGGAAGGUGAUAGCAAUCCAUACUUCAAUGGAAACUUUAGCAUACACUAUUGGUUGGAAAAGGGCACUCCACCCCAGAAGCUAAUCAUGGGCAUGCCUUUAUAUGGUCAGUCAUUCUCUUUGGCCGAUCCCAAUGCUCGUAGCUUGAAUGAGAAGUCUGUGGGGCCAGGCAGAGCUGGUACCUACACCCGGGCUGGUGGAUUUUUGGCCUACUAUGAAAUUUGUGAACAAAUCAGUAAUGGCGGCUGGACUGUGAUACGUGAUCCUGAAGGUCGCAUUGGACCCUAUGCUUACAGUGGCAAUCAAUGGGUUUCCUAUGACGAUGUCAACGAUAUACGCCGCAAAUCGCAAUUUGUCCGCAAGAUGCGUUUAGGUGGCGGCAUGGUUUGGGCUUUGGAUCUGGAUGAUUUCCGUGGUCGUUGCGGUUGUGGUAAACAUCCCCUACUGCGUACGCUUAAUCAAGAGUUGCGUGGCAUACCUGGGCAACGAGCAAAUGAUUGUACUUGAAGUCUCGGUGGGGAUAAGCGGGGAUAAAUUAAAUGAGGUUUAAUUAGUUAAGUAAAGUGCCAAUAUACAUACAUCCAUAAAUAUGUUACUUUCAAACAUGGAGUAAUACCUACUAUAGUUUAUAAUAUAAACUUCGACUAGAAACGA